AUGUUUCGUUUUACCGAGCUCGUCUUCCUGGUCGCUAGUUGGUCGCUCGCCGCAGCACACACCGUAAUCGUAUACCCGCCAUGGAGAGGGAACAACAUCCACACCAACGGGACCGUGUCAGAUACCGACCCAAAUAUCAUACCAGGAUCCCUUGGGAUCAAUUAUCUGAAGGAUAACAAUACAUACGGUUUUCCUUAUGGAAUGCAAUGGAUGUAUCCAUGCGGCGGCAUGCCCACAUCGCAGAACCGCACAAAAUGGCCACUAAAGGGCGGAGCGCUCUCCAUCCAACCUGGAUGGUUCCCCGGCCAUUCCCUUGCCCUGUUCUACGUCAACAUGGGCUACGGAAACGAGCCAUUAAACUACUCGCACACGAUGCUGCCCGUCUUCCAGAUCACCGGCCCCUCGAACCAACAGUACGAUGGAACAUUUUGCUUGCCGCAAGUUCCGCUGCCGGCGAACUAUACGCCCAAGGUGGGAGACAAUGCGACGAUCCAAGUUAUUGAGCUUGCGCAACAUGGCGCUGCACUUUACAACUGCGCCGACAUCACCUUCGCCGAACCACAAGACGUCCCUGAAGUCAACAGCACGAACUGUUUGAACACGACGCAUCCGGACCAGAAGAUUGGCUUCCAGAUUGUAUACACAACGACCUCGUCGCCAGCGCCACACAACAUGGUCGUGAACGGCUAUGCCUCUAUAAUCGUACCGCUGAUGCUUGUCGCUGCGUCCUGGAUAACAUGGAUGUAA